AUGGAAUCGUUAUUCAAUAGUGAUGAAUCUGUUAAUAUAAAUUAUUUAAAUCCAAUUGAAGGAAUUCAAUUUGAUGGAACAACCUUUGCUCUUUAUGAUCCAAAUUUUAAAAUUGAGAAUAAUUUAAAUAUAGCUUUUCAAUUGCAAACAUUUGCACAAGAUGGUCUGAUCAUGUGGCUUGGUGAUCCUUUUCCAGAAAAUAGUUUUACCAUUGAGAUUCAGAAUAAACAGCUUAUUGCUCGUGUUGUGAUUAAUGGGCAACCAUUUAGUGUUCGUACUGAAUUUGUCAAAAAUCGUCUUUGUGAUGGUUUAUGGCAUUUUAUAACUAUUCGUUUAGAUGGUAAUCUUUUGACGAUGAAAGUUGAUAAAAGAAAUUUUAUGAAAACUGAACCACGUGUAAAUGAUAUUCAAAUGAGAGGACCAUUAUUUAUUGCCGGUUACUCUGCACAAUAUUCACCACCAUAUAUUUCUGUAAGAACAAAAGAUUUUUUUUGCGGUAAUUUAAGAAAUUUAAAAAUAAACAAUUCACCAGUCGAUUGGUUAGCACCGAAAAAUACUUUAUCAUCAGCUACGCCAGAAUUUCAUUCAGCUGAUCGAACAAGUUUCAAUCAUCUUUAUCAACAACAACAACAACAACAACGACCAAUAAUAUCGAAUUCAGCUAUAUUCGAUAGUACUCGAGCUAACAAUAAUCAUAACAGUAGUAAUGACUCAAAACAUUAUCAAACAGUCACUGCAACAAUGACCACCACCACAAAGAAAUUUUCAGUUUAA